AUUCACACUCUUUCUAUCUUAUAUCUUUAGCCAAAGCAUCGUUAAGAUGGCGUCCUUUAAGCAAGCUUUUCUCUUGAUUGCUCUCUUUGUUGCAAUUACAGUUAAUCUCUCUGGAUCUCCUAAGAUGCAAGUGAUGGCUUUAAGAGACUUACCCGAAGAUGUUGCAAUGAUGAAAGAUAAAUUACUUCCAUUAGGUGAUAUAGUAACAUGCUUGAAAUACUGCAAUGUCGAAAGCGAUUGCAGUGAUGGUUGGCUUUGCUACAAUUGUGUUCCAUCUGCAUUUCAGGGAUGGAGAUCUCAAUGUGACAAGCUUACUGCUACUGGUGAAGGUUAUUUUGGAACUAUACUUCGCGCUAAGCACAACAGAAUAUAAAUUAUAUCGGAAAAAUAGUUUCGAACGCGGGGUAAAAGUGAUCUUCGUCCAAUUAUAUGGCUGCAAUUAACUGUUUAUAAAUGCUUGAUCUUCGUGUUAUAUUCAAGCAUUUUAAAUAAUGUUGUGUUUUUCAAGUUUGUGUAAGAAAUAAAAUAUGUAACCAAGUUUCCUUUGGGAAACUACUAUGAAGGGUUACAUCUUAAUGUUAGCCGUGCUUCUUGUGGUUUUCAUCCUAUAUGCAAUUUAAUUAGUAUGCAUUA